CGUUUGUAGUCUGUCAAAUGUCGUGACGUCACGUCUGGAGUCGCAGUGUAAAAUGUAACUUUUCUAUAUCCAUGUACAUGUGCGCGAGACUUUAGAUCAACACAAAACCCAGCAUGGGAUUAUUAAACACAGCAGGAAGUCAACAAAGUCCGGGACGAAACACCAUCAAAGGCACCAUCUAACCAACUUCUGAGGAAAAAAAAAAAAGGACAUUUUGGACCGUGUGUUCCGGGUUUUCGCGCUGACACCAUCUCUGUUUUGUCAACCAAAGAGACGCUUGUAGAAAGUUGGAGAGAGGUGUUUGCGCGCGCAUGGACUUGUUUGUUUAUGUAAUUUAACAGAAGAAAGUAGAGCUGAGGUCUCUAAUGCAAUGACUACUAACUACAGCGAGGAACUGGACUUCAGGCUGAUAUUUGGGGAGAGCAGUUACACUCAUCAGUCAUCGCUGGGCCACACAGAAUCUGGAUUGGAUGAUGACACCAACUCCUACCCUCUCUUUCCUUCUGGCCCGCACCAUCCCACAGAACAGCAGGACAGCUGUACAAACCAGCCUUAUGGGAACCCUCACCCUGGUUCCAUCCAACCCAUGGAGUCUCCCAGCAGGGUAUUUGACUGUCCUAGCAUCCAAAUCACCUCUAUCCCAGCCAACUGCCACCAGGACCCGGGCACCCACCAGUUGGACCAAGCGGGUGCUUGUGGGGAAGCUGGUGCUGGGUCUCUAUCAAGGGACCAGCUCUUCCUACCAUUGGAGGCAUCCUAUAGGGACACGUCCUCCCUGUGUCCCAGCCCCUGCAGCAGUUUGUCAUCCCGCAGCUGGUUGUCUGAUGCCUCGUCCUGCGAAUCCUUCUCACACAUCUACGAUGAUGUGGAGGCAGAGCUGAAUGAGGCGGCCGCUCGGGUUCGGCUUGCAUCUCCUCUAGUGUCACCAUUGACAUCUCCUCUGCCGUCCCCCCUUACCUCUCCCCAGGCAUCUCCUCAAGUGUCUCCGCUCGUGUCCCCCUUCGGUUCUCCUGGAUGCAUGGCUGCAUAUGGAGAUGACUCUUGGUAUCGUUACCAGCAAUAUCAUCAGCAAUAUCAAUGCGCCCAAUCGCUGUCGCCGUAUCAGUCGCCCCGCACCAGCAUCACUGAGGAAACGUGGCUCAGUCCCCGUCCACCCUCACGGCCCUCCUCUCGGCCAACCUCGCCAUGUGGGAAAAGGAGACAUUCCAGUGCAGAGGUCAUUCCUGGUUUGGCGUCCCCUCACUAUUCCCCCAACGUAACACCAUCUCACUCUCCUCGGGGGAGUGUCACUGAGGAGACGUGGAUGGGCGGUGCCACAUUUGCCCCCUACCAGACCCUUCCGCUGGAGGUAGACAUCCCAUCCAAAACAAGAAGAACAUAUCAGACCAACCACAACCAGGAUCAAGUGUCUAUGUUGCCUGGACAAGAGGACUCAGGUCUUCAAGACCAAGGCCUUGCAAAUCCAUCUCUAAACUCAGGCAUAGCUGUGUCCCUACCCAGUUUAAGGAAAGAGGAUAUAGUGGAACAUUUCUUAGCCGUUCCAACACACUUCCCUUGGGCAAAACCCAAACAACUCAAUACUACUCCUUUAUACAGGUCCACAUCUUUACCUCCACUGGAUUGUCCUCUGCCCAGUCAGUGUGGCCAAUGUGAGUUAAAGAUCGAGAUCCAACCUAAACCUCACCACAGAGCCCAUUAUGAGACGGAGGGCAGUCGAGGGGCCAUUAAAUCAGACUGCGGAAGACACCCUGUUGUAAAGCUAAUAGGGUAUAAUGAAAAACCCGUCAGCCUGCAGAUGUUCAUCGGGACAGCGGAUGAACGUUACAUCAGGCCACACCCAUUCUAUCAAGUGCACAGGAUUACUGGCAAAACUGUAGCAACGCCGAGUCAAGAGACAGUGAUAUCCUGCACCAAAGUUCUCGAAAUUCCUCUCCUUCCUGAAAGCAAUAUGUGUGCCAGCAUUGACUGUGCUGGGAUCCUGAAGCUACGGAAUUCAGACAUCGAGUUGCGCAAGGGAGAGACUGAUAUCGGGCGCAAGAACACGCGUGUGCGAGCUGUGUUCCGUGUUCAUAUCCCACAACACAAUGGGAAAGUGCUGUCACUGCAGGUGGCGUCCGUACCAAUAGAAUGCUCUCAACGUUUAGCUCAGGAACUUCCUCAGGUCGAGAGCUUUAGUCCCGCCUGUGGUUCUGUGACUGGAGGAGAAGAGAUGCUUAUAACAGGCCAAAACAUCAAUCCAGAAUCAAUAGUUGUCUUUCUAGAAAAGGGCUCUGAUGGUAAAACACAAUGGGAGGUCGAUGCGAGGGCUUUACAAGAGAAGAGUCAGAAUACAAGCAUAGUGGUAAAGAUUCCUCCGUACUACAAGAAAACCACGGCUUCCUCCACCCAGGUGCAGUUCUAUGUCAGCAAUGGCAAAAGGAAGAGAAGUGUCUCACAGUUCUUCACCUAUCUUUCAGUGCAGGUGAAGCAGGAGUUUGCCAUGGACCUUAACACCAAUGGGCAGCAUCCUACCACCUCCCCAACAGGUCUCAUCACCACUGGGGACUCAACUGCUUCAGAUCAGGUCCAGCCUCUUGAGCUGUGGCUGCUGAGUGAAGGGUCAGUCUGCGCUCCAUCUUCAACACAACUCUGUUAUUCACCUCAGGAUCCUUUGCGUCUGAGCCGCUCUCAUCCGGCAGACAGAAGCCUUAAUGCGGUAGCAGACCUCCACCCUAUGUUCCACCCCUCACUGGUGGAUUUCAACAACUCUUUCUACCAAAAACCUCAACAGGAUCUGUCUUACAAAGGACAACCUAGUCUUCCAAUGGUUGGGGGCUCACUGCAAAGCUGCAAGUCAUCCCAAAUCUCUGCAGAGCAACCAAGGUCUCAACUAGGUAAAGGAUACCAAGGCAUACCUUCAGAACACAGUCAUAAUCUCCACAACCAUGGCUCUAUCUCAGUGUCCAGUACAUCUGAUCUAACUAGCCCAAAUGUGGAUACAUCUGGUCGGCACGCUGUGGAUCCGGUGCAAUUCCCACAGUCCUCCUCUUCCCAUGUGCUUCCUCUUUCUCACCAGCCUACUCUUGCUAAAGUGCCUUCUAACUCACCGUCUACCAGAGAGAGCUUGAUGGACCCUCAACCUUCAGACGGAUCUCUUCAGGAGUCCAGCAAAAGUUAUAGUUUGCCACAAGGUGGAGAAAGUCUUGAUGUUAAACAGGAACCAGAGGAAGAGAAAGAGCUAGCCUUUCAGUCCAUAGGCCUACAGGAUAUCACUCUUGAUGAUGUAAGUGAAAUCAUUGUGAGAGACUUGUUCGAGACUCCAGAUUCAGGGAAAGCCGACAGCGCGCCGUGACUCGAAGGGUCCCACGGAUGAUCGAUGGAAAUAGUUCAUCUUGCAUAGGACUUCAGCACUCCUACUAAACGGAUGAUCAGACACUUGAACAUCUCACUGUAACCGCUUGGACAGAUUUGGUCUCAGUAUCUUGCAGUUACUGCACAUGUAGAAAAGAUUUUCUAUGAGAAAUACCCUGUACAUAAAAGUUUUUAGCUUAAUAAUGGAUGCUUAAGGAUUUUAACUGAGCAUAUGAAAUGUGAAUGUAAAAUGAUGACCAGUCAUAGUUUUUGAUUCAGUAUGUGCCUUAUCCUGACAGGCCUUUUAAUUAUCUUACUGAAAUGUUGAAUUUGUCUUCAAUUUUAUCCUUUUGAUUGUAAAUGUAAAGUCUAUUCUUGGAAUAUAUGAUGAUCAUAAAAUGCUUAGGAUGAAUUAUAAAGACAAAAUAUGCAGCAUUUUGUGUGUAAAGCACAAUCUCAUGUUUUAAUAUGCCGAGUGUUGACUUUAAAGAAUUGUUACCUGUUUGACAUUUCAUAUAUCUUCCCAUAACUUUCCCAUUGCUUGAUAAUCUUCUUUUGAAAUGUCUUUGUAUUUAUGAAUUUUUACUGAACAUAAAAGAGAUUUUGUGACAAUCUU